UUUGAUUGUGUUCAGCAAGCUUGUUUCCAAUGAAUGGAGCGAAGACCAAUACUUUACUUGGGUCUUCAGAUGAUGCUGUUGAUUUCUCAUCUCCAAUAUCGUCAUCAGAAUCUCUGACUGAAACUACAUCCGCUGAUUUAGAGCUUCUAGCUACUGCAAACUCAAGGUAUCGUCGAAUAGAGGAAUCAGCUCUGACGGACGAGGAGAGGGAACGCUUAAUUUUAAGACGUGAAAGAAACAAACAAGCUGCUGCUCGAUGUCGAAACAGACGACGGGACUUGACUGUUACGCUGGAACAGCAAGCUGCGGAUUGGCAGCAGAAAAACGAAGACCUAGAAACUGAGAUUGCUGCACUAGUGUCACAGAAAGACCAACUCGAAUAUCUUUUGAGCAUGCAUGAGGCGCGAUGUAGUUCCCUUCGAGUAGCGUCACAAUUCAAUCAGAACAGAAAUGAUUUGUUUUCAGUUUCUGGCAAUAGAAAUCUCAAUGAAGUUCCGCGAUCAGUUAAUAUGAAGCAAGUUUCUAAUGCUAACAUAAGGUCUGAAGCUUCGCAGUCAUUAAGACGGCCAAACGAGUCAGAUUAUAAUGCAGAUGUCGACGAGGAUCUCUCCUCCGGAAUAAGUUUUAAACAAGAACCAGAAGAUUUAUCGAUGAAACCAGAUAAUAAAAUGCAACAUUUUCCCGCAAACUUGAUAAUCAAUCCUAUCACAAGUGCAUCUUUGAUUACAAACAAUAAUACCCAUUACUACGUUUCGCAAUAUACAUCCAUUGGAAAUACAGUUGGUUCGAGCUCCAGAUUAUGCCCAUCAAUCACUACAAGUGCAGCAAAAUUUGAUCGACCGUUAUUGGGCGAUGUACCGUAUAAACAGACUCUGUCACCGAGAUCUAAUUUUGCUCAUGACAAUCGCGAAACGAGAAGUGAUCCUUCUCCUACAAUGAUUGUGACACCGCCAAAAAGGCCGAUGCAUAAUCAUCAGCAUAUGAGUUCGCCAAGAUAUUCACCUGCGCAUGGCGCUAGAGUGCAACAGGUUGAGAAAACGCCACCCCAACAACAUUCCAUACAAAGUCCUGGUCGACCCGCAGUUCCAUUGUUGUGUGACUCGCCUAGAGCUAUGCAAAAACAAUCGCAGUAUCAGCUAGUGCAAUAUAACAAGAUUAAUGAGAGCCCCGUUAGGUCGCUACAAGGAAUGUCAUCGCCGGCGAUGCUACGAGGCCCAGGAAGUGAUAAUAGACUGGUUGCCAAUUUCGGAAAUGAUACUGACUCGAGUUCAAAUUCUGUUAUGAUGUUAGAUGAUGGUAACGCUCUGAUCAAUGAGUUCUUCGAAGACGAUGCUGCCAAACAUUUUUCUGCCUUAUGAUGACUUAAUUUCAAGAAAGUGCUGCAAUAUCUAUCUAAGAUUUGUCUUCGUUUUAUCCUUCAACUAACUCAGGUGCUGAACCAUUGCCUAAUGCGUGUUUUACUUAAGGUAGAUCCAAUCAUCAAACCUGCUUGCCUGUGGACUCCAGAGCUUUUCUGUCUAAAUUAUGAACGUAAAGUUUUUUUUUACAGCUUUUGUAAUCUCGCUUUCUACUCAAUUAUUUCAUAAGUUUCAUAAAAAUGAGUUAAAACCUUAAAUUUAUACGUUUUCAUGUUUCAAUAUAUUUGUAGUGCUUUAAAUGACCAAAUGACUUCAACCUUACCAAUGUUAAUAAAAAUCAAGUUUGGCGGCCACCUUACUUCGCUUCUUUGCAAAAAGAAGUUAUACCAGCCAAUUGAGUGUAAAAUUAUUCCGUUGUGCUACAUUUUCAAUGAUGUAUAGAUGGAUACUUUAAAGCCACUUGAAGAAUUUUGAACACAGCGAGAGUAAAUUUUUUUAGUUUUAAUUUAUUUUAUAUCUUCCGUAAAGAAAUUUCGUUUCAUCGUAUCACUGGUGACUGUGAAAAUAUUUUGAUAAUUUAGCUAUUAUAUUUUGUGCCUUAGAAGCUUUAAUGUUUUGUGAUCUUCUGUUAAGUUAAUGUAAUUUUGAUGUUC